GAAAUCCUAAAAUCCGCUUGCUCGCUUCUCAUAUCUCGGUGGGAGGCUCUCGGCGGCGGUCGGGUAACGACUGUAUGCUGUCCUUCGGCGGACACCGAGCUGUAACGGUAGCGGCCAUACGAGGAAACCAUUGCCUAGGAAGGACUUAUGUUCCACGCCUAAAACUUGAAGACUUAUUGCAGAACCAUGGGUGUGGAAGUCGAGACAAUAUCUCCCGGUGAUGGAAGCACAUUUCCAAAGAAGGGUCAGACAUGUGUGGUUCAUUACAUAGGUAUGCUGCAGAAUGGCAAGAAGUUUGACUCGUCCAGAGACAGAAACAAGCCCUUCAAAUUCAAAAUCGGACGCAACGAAGUGAUCAAAGGCUGGGAAGAAGGCGUGGCUCAGAUGAGCCUGGGCCAGAGGGUGAAGCUCACCUGCACACCUGACGUUGCAUAUGGCCUCACGGGCCACCCCGGUGUUAUCCCUUCCAACGCCACGCUGGUUUUCGAUGUGGAGCUACUCAAACUGGAGUGAAUAUAUUUGUGCAGGGACCUGGUUGAUGCGCUAUACCCCUCCACCCAAUCCUGCCUCCCCUCUUGUUCCAUUUACUAUUUAAAUGCAUCUAAAGUUAUACUAAACACUCACUGCCUUACGGUGUUAGCAACAGAGCAUAAGCACAUUACAAAAGACCCUGCAUCAUGACUUUGGUAUUUUCUAUAUAAACAUCAUACUUACAUACACUACUGAAAUAACUGCAUCGCCACUUUAAUCAGGGUAUCUCCUGCUGAAUGCUCCCGAAAACCUAGCCAUGUAUUCUCAAAUCCCUCAGAGUUCCACCCUCUACCUAAUAAAGAGCAUUUACUGCACGUGUUUUCUCUAAUUGUUCCAGUCUGAUGGCGUACUGAACCAUUGCUGCUUAUCAUUUAUUGACCAAUAAAUAAAAAUGGCAUGGUGA